AUCGUUUUAGAUUAGCAUAUGUACUGCACUGUAUGUAAUACGCUCUUUUGUAUGUGAAUGUGACCUACGUAAAAUAUGAUGGAUGAACUUGAAGAAAAUUCUCCGGUACAAACUCCACCAAUCCAACACGUUCCUGUCGAUACGAACGAAUUGCGAGAUAAUGUCUUCGAUUUCAUUCGCACAAUAAAAGAUCCCGAAAAACCCAACACGUUAGAAGAAUUAAAUGUAGUCUACGAUGAAGGUGUCAUUGUGCAAAACCCGACGGCCGGGAACAUUAGUGUCAUACGGGUCGAGUUUAAUCCGACCGUUCCGCAUUGCUCGUUGGCAACUUUAAUUGGAUUGUGUAUUAGAAUCAAACUUGAACGGAGUAUACCUCAGGAGAUGAAACUAGAUAUAUUUAUUAAGAAAGGUGCACAUUCGACAGAAGACGAAAUAAAUAAACAAAUAAACGAUAAGGAAAGGAUAGCGGCUGCUAUGGAGAAUCCAAAUUUGAGAGAAAUGGUGGAGAACUGCAUAAAGGAAGAAGACUGAAAUUCUCUUAUUUUUAUGUUUAUAAUUAUUUUGAUCUAUGUAUAAAGUUUUAAUUGUGACUAAUAAAUUUUUAAAUUAAU